AGGAAGGCAAUGAAGAAGACCUUAAACAAUUUGAAGAAGAAAGAAAACAAUUGCAAUGAAACUAGAUCAAUAGUUAACAUCCUCCAAGAUGCAAGAUGCAAGAGCAAUCACUCUCAAUGUCAUGGAAUCCUUGUUGCUCUUUGUAUUUGCACCACAGACAGGAUCAAAAACAUGCCGUUGGUUAGCAGUUUCAAAGCUAUGGCAGAAGAAAAGAAUAGCAUGUGAAGGAGAAGAGAAUGAAAAUGAGAUCACCAAUGCUGAAGCUACACUGCUCUCCAUCAUCGGAGGCAAGACAAGUAUUGGAAUUGAGAAUGCACAAAUUGAACUCCAAAAGGCAGGGUCAAGCAUUCAAGAUCUUGAAGAAGGGCUUGAAAUCAUCUUCAAGCAGUUGAUUAAAGCUAGAGCCACCAUUCUUAACAUCCUCAACCAUUAGAACAAAACUAUACUUGUAUAUGAUUCUUCAUACAUGUAUUUGAAUACACAAAAAGAUACUUCAUAAGAGAAAAAAAUUACUUUCUCCAAAAAAAUUUUGUUUCCAUUACUGCUUUAUGUCUUUUCUUUCAUUUUUUUUCAUUUUCUUUCUUUUCUUAUGAAUUGAAACAUUUUUAUCCAAGUUAAAUUUUAACCACAUGUUACAGUUUGAGCAAUAAACCCCAAUUUCUAUU